CUCUUCCUGAAAUCUCGAAGUCCGAAAAGCAAGAACCUCACGCUCCGUCGUCCGCCAUCGUCACCCAGAAGCCGCGAAGCCUCAAGCGGCCAAACGAAGACCGACCCACGAACGGAUGGGGAGCAGGCUGGGGCGGCGGGUCGUCCACUUCGCGAACCUGCCCAUCAAGCUCCUCAUGCCCGCCUCCUUCACCAACAUCACCGAGAUCGCGCUCAAGACCGUCCCCUCCGCCACCAAGGUCGAGAUCAAGCGCGUCCUCGAGUCCCUCUACGGCUUCGACGUCGGCGAGGUCCGCACCCUCAACAUGGAGGGCAAGAAGAAGAAGCGGGGCGGGCUGCUGGUCGCCAAGCCCGACUACAAGAAGGCCUACGUCACGCUCCGGACCCCGCUCUCGGUCUCCCGGGACCUGUUCCCGAUCCGCGCCGUGGAGGAGGACCGGAGGAGCGCGAACAAGAAGGGCGGGUCGAGCAUGGUCGAGGAGGGCGAGAGGAAGAGGCACUGGCUGGAGGGGGAGGAUGGCGAGAGGAGGAAGCGGGAGAAGGAGUUUGGUGAGAGAGUCAGAGGGAGUGGUGCCAAGUUCCCUUGGAGUUUCAUGAAGUCUGUAGUUCUGGAGUAACCAUGGACAAAGUCCGAGAUUUUGUCGUGGAAAAUCGGUGAAGAUCUUCUUUGGCUUCGGAUGUCACUGGAAGUGUUGUAAAUGGUUAUGUGGGAUUGUUCUUGCAGCGCCUACAUUUGCGAUACAAACUUCAGUUUGGUAUUGGAGAGCAGAUAAGAUGGUUGAAUUCAUGUUUUGUUGGCUCUCGCCAUGAUUCUUUGUUGUCUGAUUGUAUAUGGUUUGUUGGAAAGCCAUACGAUGAAAAUUGUUUCUCUCUGCAUAUUGGGGGUGUCUAGCUUCAAAAGGGCCUUCCUUAUUUGCUCA